CGCACGGACGGGUUUCCGGCGGCGUGGCCAUGGCGGAGGCGGACGGGGACCUGGACCUGGAGAACGAGGAGACGGAGCGGCCGGCGGAGAAGCCGCGGAAACACGACAGCGGCGCGGCGGACCUGGAGCGGGUCACCGACUAUGCCGAGGAGAAGGAGAUUCUCAGCUCGGACCUGGAGACGGCAAUGUCCGUCAUUGGAGACAGGAGAUCCCGGGAACAGAAAGCCAAACAAGAAAGGGAGAAGGAGCUGGCAAAAGUAAUCAUCAAGAAGGAAGAUGUUGAACUCAUAAUGAACGAGAUGGAGAUCUCUCGGAGUGCAGCUGAGCGCAGCUUGCGGGAGCAUUUGGGAAAUGUCGUCGAGGCCUUGAUUGCUCUCACGGACUGAGGCCACAAGAGUGUCGUCUGCAGUUGCCCUGGACAAGUUUGGGAGGGUCGGGAGGAUUGCACAGACUGGGGAACGACGUGAACAAGGUGGGACCUCUGGACAGGUCCAUCUGUUUAAAUGCUAUCCACUGUUUGGUGACAGGAUUGGGAGGGUUCCAGUCAGAUGGUACUAUGUGCAGGUGCUGUUUGUGACCCAGUGCUGAAUCCUGAAGAUGGACAUCACCUUCCAGAUGGAAAAGGUUAAAAAGACUCAUAACUUGAACCAAUAAAUUACAAACUCAAUCUCAA